AUGAUUGAACUAGCUGCCCGGAGGCGUUGCAAAUAUGGCAGCCGAGUGAGGAGACUUUGCUUAAAGGGGCUUUGCCAUUUAUUUACUGACGUAAUUUUCCCGCUGCACGUGUACGCGUGAACCAGGAAGAGACCGUUAUACAUUAAACCGCUGCUACUGUUUUCUGUAAUGCUCACGUUUGCAUUAACAAUCGUACGACAUGGCGAAACGCAAUACAACAGAGAUAAGUUGCUCCAAGGUCAGGGCAUUGACACGCCACUGUCAGAUACAGGACAUAAGCAGGCGGCAGCUGCUGGCUUAUACCUCAAAGACCUGCAUUUCACUAAUGUCUUCGCCAGUAACCUGCAGAGAGCCAUUCAGACGGCUGAAAUCAUUUUAAGGCACAACCUUCAUUCUUCUGACAUGGAGAUGGUGUUGGAUCCUUUACUUCGAGAGAGGGGUUUUGGAGUGGCAGAAGGACGACCAAAAGAAGAUCUGAAGAACAUGGCUAAUGCUGCAGGUCAAGCCUGCCGGGACUACACCCCACCUGGAGGCGAGACGCUGGAUCAGGUGAAGAUGCGAUUUAAGAAGUUCCUCAAGUCGUUCUAUCAGCGCAUGUUGGAUGAACAUGCUCCACCCAACCAAUCUUCUGCGUCUGGGCCAUCAGAACCCGAGCGGCCUGUAAUCGCUGGACUGGCUAAUGACGGCGUCUGCGGCGUGCCUGUCCACGCUCUGAUCGUCAGUCAUGGCGCGUUUAUCCGUGUCUCUGUACGCCACCUAGUGGACGAGCUGCAGUGCUGUCUACCCGCAGGCCUGAAGAUGAACAAGGUGUUCUCCCCGUGCCCAAACACCGGCAUCAGCAGGUUUAUCUUCACCCUCCGCAGAGCAGAGAGCGGCCCACGAGCCACACACAUCCACUGUGUCUUUAUCAACAGAAAAGACCACCUGGAUGAUGUCAAAUAACACUGAAUUUGACUUGUAACUACCUGGUUUAUCGGUAUUGCCCCUGGCUUUGACCUGGCCAGUGUAUAUUUCUCCUUACAUACUGAAGGACUUGUUGUGAAAAAAGCACAUUUGUCUCCAUGUGAUUUAUUUAAAUGCAGUGUGUUGAUGAUGUUUGUGCUGUAGUCUGUAUGGCACAAAAUUAUUUGAUUCAUUCUGUCACGACUGAAUGUGUCUGUUUGAUGCACGCUAAGCUUACAGAUGCACUUUUUAUGUUGUUUUGCCUUUUAAACACUAAAGUGUUCACAUAUAUAUAUUGAUGUAUAUGCAAUAAAAGACUUGUAGAAAUAUAAGGCCUAAAAGGUUUAUUUUACUAUUAUAAAUGUUUUAUAAGGUCAAUGCUCUUGUUUCAGUGCAGUCUUAGGUAGGUUUCUUAAAGCGGCAUUCUGCGAUUUGUUUCUAUCGACAUGUUUUAAACAUAAAAUUCGAGCUGACUACUUUGUUACGGUUAAUGAAAAAUAAAAUGGG